CCGUGACCCUUUGCGUGACGAGUAGGAGUUGGCCUGGCUGCCUAGACAUCUGCAAGAUGGCGCGUUGUUGGAAGGUUGUUAUGAAAACUCUGGUGGUUUUUGUACUAAGCUUCGCGCUUCUUGUUAAUGGACAGGGUUUUCUGACAGUAGUUGACCCAAAGCCUGAAAACAUGUUUGUGAUAGAGCAAGACCCAGACGAUGUACAGUCCACAAAAUGUAUUGGCAUGGAUCUAAAUGUCACACACCCCAAGACUCCAACUAACUUGACAUUUCAUAAAGUUACCUGGGGGAUAGCAGAUGUAAACCCUCUUGUUUCUGAUGAUAUGUUUACAUUUAAUGUUAGUUUCCAAGAAGAGGGCAAAAAGGUUAUUGGAGAGAUGAAGGUCAUGAAUGUUACACUCAGCAGACAAGGACAAUACCAGUGUUGGAUAUUGCCAGAUGCCACAGGUCCAGGAGGCUUCGUCUCCAAGCAUGGUUUUUCUCUUACAGUUAUUCCAAGGUCUGAGUUGCCAGAUAUCGCAGUUGCAGAGAACAGAAUCGAUGCAAAAUUUGACCAGAUCAUUUACCUGGUGUGCAACUUAACAAAGAAAGGUGCUGCAUACACAAGCUUAACCAGGAUGGAGUGGUUGAAAGAUGGUGUUGUAAUAGAGAAGCAGCUUUACCCGAAAGACGAGCAACUGAAGCCCUUAAAUCUGACAAUCAAAAAUCCAGAACAGGGUGGGGUCUAUACUUGCCGACUGACCUCCCUCCUGAGAUCUGUGAGGACAUAUAAUCUGACUGAGCAAGUAACUGUCACAGUUGCACCUAAAGCCUUUGCAUCAACAAAACCUGAUGAGGAGGGUAUUGAGAUCGUUUGUAAGAAGGGAGAAUCAGUGAGAAUGAAGUGUGAACAUAAGGGAAAUCCAAUCAGUGUUGGAUGGGAUCGAGAGCCAAAGAAUGGACAGAGAGCACCAAUCAAUGAUUCUCAUUAUCAGUUGGUCAGCAAGAACGCCUUUGAGGGCUUUGAGCUGGUUAUUGAUGAAGUGCAAUACAAUGACCGUGGAGACUACUUUUGCUGUAUUAAAAACGCUACUGGACACAGCAGAGAUUGUCAGAAGUACACAUUGCGAGUCAAGGAUCCCCUGGGCUACCUGUGGCCUCUGAUUGGGAUCAUAGUUGAGAUCAUCGUGCUGAUAAUUAUCCUUGUAAUAUAUGAAAAGUGCAAGAAAAAGCAGGAAGAUGACUUUGGCAGAACUGACGGGAAUACAGAUAUCACAUACACGACCUCCCCAAGUGGCGACAAGGCUAGUCUGCGCCUGCGCAAAGGCACUGGGCAGUAGCAUGCCCAAAUAUGGAAACACCCGUGUUCCAAUUAUGGAACACGUAAACCCGUGUGGUGUAUAAGCGAUUAUAAUUGCACUGAUAAUUUUAAAAAAACAUUUGUAAUAUUUUCGGAAAGCAAUUUCGGUCACGCUGUCGUUUUUAUAUAGUAAAUAAGGAAUUUUUCCAUUAAUUGAAUUUUCACCUUCAUAAUUAUUAUUUUAAAAUUCUAAACGCAAAUCGUACUUCCUCAAAGCGAACCUUAGAAUCCCUGUACGUUUAUGACUGGAGUACCAUUUAAGAUGCGGAGUUUUUGAUUUGUCUAACGUGUUCAUACCCACCCGUACGUUUUUUAUUUUCAUUUCGAGGUAGUUAGAUAAGGUGGAUAUAGGUUAAUACGGUAGUGUGACCCCGAUAACUCUAAAAAGAAAAACAAAAAAUUAUUUCAAAUGUUUCAGUUGAUUGGAGAUUGGAAAAGAUGAAAAUUUGAGUUUGAUGGUUGUUUCCAAUUUGUCCUAAGAUCGAGUUAUCGGAGUUUCAUUUAGUUGUUUGGUGGAUGGCGCCAUAUCAAAUCCCCUUUCCUUCUCACUUUGCGCAUCCUCCUUCUUCCCUUCUUUUACCUAGUCCAGACCUGGGACUCUCUUUGCGUUCGACAUUCUGGCUCGCGUGAAAGAGAGUCCAGUAUUUAUUGCAUGCGCAUGCGCGAAGAUACACCACGUAUAUGUGCUGUGGCGUGGCUGCUUAGUUCAAGAUGGCUGCAAGAGGGACAAGCGAGGGUUUAUUUCAGAAAUAAUACGCUAAUUUUGGUCGUGGGUAAAUACUUGAUUAUCAAUCUUUUCUGAGAACACGACAGAUGAUAAUUAGAGUUUAAAAAAGAUAUAAAUCAAUGAAUUUUUUCAGUUUUCGUUAUUUUCACGCGCGUCUUUAGUACAAUAGCAAAGAGAGUCCCAGGUCUGCACUAUCUUUUACCAAGAUGGAGGUUAUGUUUAGUUUUGGUUGAUGGCGCCGUUAACCAUCAAACUUUUGUACUUUGUAAUUUUUUCUUCCACCUUGUUUUUUUUUUUUUUUUAAUUUGUUUCAUCUGCGACGAAUUAUUUAGUGUUAUUUAAAAUAAUGUAUUUAAUUAAAAUGGAAUUUGCACUUAUAGAGAAUAAAAAAAUAGUAAUCGUU